AAACCAAUUAUUAGUUUAUUCCAAAACGUUUCUUAAUAUCGAACGGUAUUAACCCAAUAAAACACGUUUCGAUUAACAAUUAAAAAUGCGGGUAGUGAUACCUCACUAUAGCUAGCCAGUACUAAUUGAAACUAAUUCGGAAUAGGACUUACAAAAUGAUAUUAAUUUUAUUCAUCUUCGUUUGUGUAUUUACUUUUAUGUACUAUUUUAAUGUGAAUAAAAAUUAUUGGAAAAUAAGAAAUGUUGUGCAAGUGAACUACGCUGCAUGGGACUUUUUGUUUGGAAAGUGUUCGCUGCCAGAAGUUUAUAGAAAUAUUUAUAAUGCAUAUCCAAAUGAAAACUAUGUUGGGAUGUACUUAAAUACAAAACCUGUACUUGUUUUGAAAAAUUUGGAAGAUAUUCGAGCGGUUUUGAAAGAUUCACACUGUUUUCACUCCCGAGGAUAUUAUGUUAAUGAUAAAGAAGACUUGAUAGAUAACUUACUUUUAAUGAAUGAUUAUCAUCGCUGGAAGCUGAUCAGACAGAGAAUUUCACCAGUUUUCACUAUUAAAAAGUUGAAAAGUAUGUCACGUUCAAUAUACCAAUGUUCAGACAGUUUAAUUGAUUAUAUAAAGAAUUAUCAAUGCGAGAAUAAUAAGAGUAUAUUUGAAAAAUUUAAUUUUGUUGCAAUCGGAUCAGCAAUAUUUGGUGUAGAUUUUGUUACAAAAAAUGCAUUACAAUCGCCAAUCGUAAAUGCGCUGUGCACUCCGCUCCCAUUUUUUCAACGAUGUUUAUUUUCAUUAAAACUGAUCAUUAGUAUCCAAUUUCCAAUAGUGCUUAGGGUUCUAAAUAUAAAAAUAUUUGACGAUUACAAAAAUCUUAUAUUGGAAAUAAUACAGAAAGUCAGUAAAUAUCGUCACGAGACCCCUGGAAAAAGGGACGACUAUAUAGACGUGUAUAUGGAAAUACAAAAUUAUGAAUCGAUUCAAGAUGCAUCAGGUUGUAAAAUAAAUAUUGAUCAGUUUGUGGCUUCCCAAGCAUUUUCGUUUUUUGUGGCCGGCGUCGAAACGACAGCAAGCGCUGUAGAUUAUACGUUAUUGGAAUUAGCAAACAAUGAACACAUCUUAGAGAAGGUUCAUAAGGAAAUUGAUGGAAUAUUUCAUAAAUAUAAGCAACUUAACUACUAUAAUGUUGAAGCCAUGGAGUACUUAGACAUGGUCCUCAGCGAAUCAUUGAGGAAAUAUCCGCCGAUUGGGUCUAUGCAACGAGUGGCAACUGAAGAUGCAAUAUUGCCAUCGAAUUUAAAAGUUGACAAAGGUGUUUACGUUAUUAUCCCGACAUAUGCGUUGCAUAUGGACCCCAAGUACUUCUCAGAGCCAGACAUAUUCGACCCAGAAAGGUUUUCUGCGGACAACAUCAAUAAAAUUAAAAAGUACACCUAUUUGCCGUUUAGUGGAGAAAAUCGUAUUUGUAUUGGUGCAAAGUACGCGCGGCUUCAUAUGAAAAUUAUGCUUGCUGUUUUGUUACGAGAAUUCACUUUAAAAAGUUGUAUGUAUAGGGUUACAACAUUUGAGCCUAAUUUAUUUACUCUAAGCAGUUCUAAGGUAGAAUAUGAGUUAAUUCCCAGGCACAAAAGAGUAUAAAAAUAGAAUUAUGUGAAAAAACAAAAUGUAUACUUGUGAACAUCAAGAUUGGAUGGUUCUUUAUAUUUCAUAAAAUAACUAGAUCACACUUUUAUAUAUAAUACAUUCGCAAGGAUUAUAUUUUGGGGCCAAGUAUGACUGUAAUGUAAAGUUAGUGUUAUUAUAACCGUCCCACAGAACCUAAAUAAGUUUCAUGUAAGUUCUCAGAUAAGAUUGACUUAGUAGUUUUAAUUCGCGCUGUCUAGUCAAGGGCGGAUCCUGGGGAUCAUGACCCCUUCUGGGGCCUAGACAGGGUAUCACAUGUAUAAGUAUUUUUCAAUUGAUAUUGUAAUAAAAUAGUUUUUUAAGGCGGCUUUAAAAGGAAUAAAAUAAAUGGAAUGGAAUAAAAGAAAUAAAAAUAAAAAAAAUGUAUAUUAGUAAUUUGAAAUGUUAGAUGAAAAGGAGUUUAGUUUUAAUUUGGCAUAAACAUUUUGCAAGUGUCGCACUUUUAAGUACAAUCUUUUGACGUACCUAAGGGUUUAAAUAGUUUGCGAUUUCUUUAUAAAAUUAAAUCUGUAUCAAAUGUUAAUAAAAACUAUUUUUAAUAUAAUUUAUUUAAAAAAUAACUAUCCUAUAUAAAAAGUUGAUGAUAACAAAAUCUCUUCCAUUGUAUAUUCCAGGAAUUAAUAAGGAAUAUAGGAAUUGUAAGCGUGCCUGUAAAUUAUACUAAUAUAUAGGUCUUAGGAGUUAACAUUUGAUAUAGCACAAAAAUAAACUAAACACUUAUUUAUCUAAUAUGGUUCCUUGCCACCUCCAGUACUUAAAAAAUGUUUUAUUUCAACUAUUAUAUUAAAUAGUGUAUAAUGAAAUAAUAAUAUGAUAUUUGAAUAAUGAAAUAAUGUAUGAAACUUUUUGUUUUAAUUCUUU